UUCAACAUCUGACACAAGAGAUGGAAGAAAAGACCUAUAUGGAACUUGGAGAGACACCUCAAAUCAAGGAGAAAGCUUUAGAAGAGCUGAAAAGACUGAUUAGACAAGAGCCUCGUUUCGAACCUCUGAUGGACGAUAUAUUUCUGUUAGCAUUUCUCAGGCACAAGAAGUACGACGUUAAAAACGCAUUUAAAAUCCUAUGCAACUUCUAUGCGAUGAAGAAAAAGUAUUUCAGAAUACUCACGGAUUUCAAGCCUUCAGAAUUGAAUUAUGUCCUGGAGAAAAAUCAGUUGACAGUACAACCAUUUAGAUGUCCUGAUGGCUGCAGCAUUGGAAUUUGGAGAAUAGGUCAUCAUAACUUCGAGACUACUACACUGGAAGAUUUGACAGCCACACUUAUGACGAUGGGUUUAAUGUUAAUUCGCAUAGAAGCUUCUCAAGUAUGUGGUUUAGUUAUGAUUUGGGACUGGAAAAGCCUAUCUUUUCAGGAGUUCAACAAAAUUUCUCUUCAUCGUGCAGCCCACUAUGCAUAUGAUAUUCUGGUGUUCGUGCAUAGGAGUGAUUUAACGGAACUCCACAAACAUGUGCCACCUGAACUGCUUCCAGAGGAACUAGGAGGAACGUUAGGACCUCUAAACAAUCAAGACUAUAUGGAAUAUUUUCUUAAUCAGGAAGAUUAUAUUGAACAGAUAAACAACAGUGGAAUUAAAUGAAUUUAUCUUCUAACUGGACAAAGUUACUUUCAUGCAUGUAGAAGGAAAAAGGAAUUAUUUCAUGUGAUAUCUACAGACUGAAAUCCCUAGAUGAAGCUUAUAUGUAUUAUUUAUUUUUAUAUAUUAGACAUAAAAAUCGCAUUAGUGUAGUCAUUAAGCAAUCAGAUUGUAUUUGAAAUAAUGUUGCAAGAUGUUCUGAAGGUUGAUUGCAAC